GAUGUUUUAAUUAAUGAUGAUGAAUUUAUAACGAGUAAUACAAGUUUUAAUAAUAAUAAUAAUAAUUCGAUAUCAACAAAUGGUAGUAAUGAUAAUCAUUCAUCAUUAAAAUUUAUACAACGAAAUUCAAUACGGAAUUCAAGUUUUCGAAAAUCAACACCGAUGAAGAAUAAACAUUCCAACAAUCAAAUAAUGUCACAAAAUUCAUUAAAUGGUAUGAAUAAUUCACUAAACUGUGAUUCCGAUAAUAUGCUCAAUGAUAAUAAUUCAAUGGAAGAAUAUAUUAUUCAUCUUACCGAAAAGUUGAAAAAAUUACAAGAUCAGGUACAAUUUCUACGUGAAGGACAAGAAAAAAAUGAAGAAAAAUAUUCCACAAUGAAAAAAGAAAAUUCUACAUUACACAAUAAAAUCAAUUAUCUUGAAGAACAAAUCCGAGACAUUGAAUUACAAUCGGAGGAUAAACGUAAAGAAGUUGAACAAAGAUUUCGUGAAUCAAUGGCUCGUUUAGAACGUGAAAAAGCACAAGAACUUGAAAAUUGUGUUACGAGAAUCUGCUCUCUACAAAAAGAAUCCGUUGAAGCCAAAGAAGAGAUAAAACGUCAUCAACAAACAAUUGAACGGCUACAGGAUUUAAAAGAAAAAUUGGAAAUUGAAAUCCAUGAUAAAAAUGAUGAAAUACAAUCAUUAAAAGAUGAGAUUCGAAAACUUAAAGAAAUAAUACGGUUAAAAAAUGAAGAACGUGAUGCAAUCGAUUCAUCGCUGAUUGAAGCUCUUAAUUAUGAAUUAUCAUCUAUCGAACGCAAUCAUAAUUUAUUUGUAAACAACAACGAUCAUAAUCAUCAAAAUAAUAAUCAUGAUAAUGAUAGUGAAAUGUAUAGCAGUAUUCAUUCGGAAUUGGAACAACAAUUACGAAUAUUAAAAGAUGAAAAUAAAACAUUAAAAGAGAAUAAUGAAGAAUUAACCGCACAAUUGCUAAAUAAUCAUCUGAUUGAAGGCAAAAGCCUAUUAAAAGAAGGUGAAGCCAUCUCAUCAUUAGCUAGUGAAAUCAGUGAUCUCAAUUUGGAACAGUUGAAAACUGCCUUAAGAGAGCAGCAAGAUGUCAACGCAAAAUUACGUUCAUACAUCGAUGGUAUAUUGCUCAAUAUUGUUGAAAAUUAUCCACAAUUGUUGGAGGUAAAAUCAAAUGGUACCGCUAAAGUUGCUGCUGUUGCUAAACAUCAAUCAUCAUCGACUAAUAAUGGAAACCGUAAACGAUUGUGAUAUUUUGUAAACUUUGUUUUUUUGUUCGUUUAUUUCGAUAUAUUUGAAUAUAUCAUCAUCAUUAUCAUUUCAGCAAACUUUAAUUUGAAAAAAAAACUGAAAAUUUUAGUUUGCUUGGUUGUGAUUUUUCCCAUCCAUAUCAUCAUCAUCAUCAUAUAAUUAUUCAUCUUACUUUUAUAUAAAAUAAUUGGGGUAACGGAAAAAUUCGAUCCA